ACUAAGAAAAAUUAGGCGUCAUGUGUAAUGUUAUUAAAUAUUUCAUUCCUUUCUUUUAAUCUUAGUACCACUUACAGUAGUGCGAAUGUGCACCACAACCUCAAGUUCACCAUAUUAAAGAGGACUGCAUAUAAGUGUCUACUUUUAUAUUCUGCAUCUUCCAUUAAAACCCUGUCGUCAUUGGUAUGGCUGCUGCUGACGUUUAUGUGCGGAUGUUAAUGUGUGGGGUUAUGUUUUGUGUCCUGUAUAGUUAACAACAUUUUUAACAUAUCCCCAUGUGUGUUUGUAUUACGUAAUGUGUGUGCGUUUAUUCGAAUGAAAUUUUCUGCCAGUCUGGAACCCAAAGGACGCCUUUAACGUUACGAACAUCGAACGAAUUUUGAUAUUUCAACUCGCUCGAAGAGAUUUUUAACCAAUUUCUUAACGACUGGUUGUUGGUUUAUCGACGCACCAUACAUCAACAACAAGAAGGCGGUACAGAGGAAUGGAUGAGUAGGUGUCGGGCAGGAUUGCCCAAGUUCCUCUUCCCUGUCGGUACAUCCCUUACACUGCCGGGGUUGCUCUUCCAUUACGGACAUGUGUCUUCCAUCCCCGGACCUUCGCCACAAGGCCGAAGACGUCAUUUGUCGGAUUUUCCAACGGGUGUAGGUGGCGUCUCCGCCUGCUACCCGGCCCCUGCGGAGGCCCGGACCUCGCGGAGGGCCACCGCAUCCCCAGGUGGCGCCCACUGCAGAAUGCCGCCACCCCUCGCCACCUUCGUCCUAGUCGUUUCAACAGUCCUCAGCAUCGCGGACGCAUGUUCCAGCCGGUCGACUCCGAAGCCCCGGCCGCCUGUGCCCACGGCUCGCCCGAACAUCACAUUCCACACCUUCCCCUGUCCGCCGGCCUACAACACCUGGUACUGCCUGAACGGGGCCACCUGCUUCACGGUCAAGAUAGCCGACUCCUUGCUCUACAACUGCGAAUGUGCAGAGGGCUUUAUCGGACAGAGAUGCGAAUUCAAAGACUUGGACGGAUCCUAUAUGCCGUCAAAACAACGCAAAAUGUUCCAGACAGCAAGCAUAGCAGGUGGAGCCACGAUAGCAGUGUUCCUGGUUGUCAUCGUGUGUGUAGCUGUGUAUAUACACUUGCAACGGAAACAGAAAGAGACUCGAGCCAGCUGUGUGGACGGUAACAGUCGAGAUCCCGAGAGAGAAAGACGACCAUUUAGCCGCUCGCUGGCAAUCCCCAUGAUUCACCAGUCUGAGACAGCAUGUGAGCCAUCAGCACCAAAGGACCUCAGAGGAGCGCCAGGGCUGUUUCAUCCAACCGCCAGAGUCAUGCCGCAGCAUGGCAGUCAACAACAGCAGCCACCUCCAUAGUGACAAUGCAACGAGAUGCGUUGCAAGAGGAUAUCUCAUUGCUUCGUAGUCUGCAUGUUGCUAGUCCGGUGUCCACUCGCUUCCCCUCCAUUGUCCACUCACAUGAUUGUUUACUCGGUAUAGGAGAGAAGGACAGACAAUGUAUUUAUUGUGUAUUAUAUUGUGGGUUUAGUUAUUAGCGAAAGGCAAAAGAGAGAAAGAGUCUGAUAUGUGGUGGCCGAUGAGUGUGGAAUGCUUUUAUACUGAGUUUCUGAAACAUUUUUCUUGUUGAAAAUCAGACUAAACAGAACUGCCAUAAGGGGGAGUGGCACGAACUGUUAAUCUCUCAAUAUGAUGUCCAACAUAUUAAUAAUUUAUUUAACCUCUGAUGAAGACUGUAUAUAACAAUUUCUUGCAGUAAGUUGCAGAACAAGAGACAUGUGUUGACGUUCCGAUAGUGUUUGUGACAGUUAUUUGCCUUACGGUGUCGGAAGAUUGCUUUCUGAGACACUCUGAACAAUCGAGGAGCCCUGGAGAAAUUGGACAUGUAAACUGCAACAGCUGAGAAUACGCUUCAGGAUCCAGGUGGAUCCAUCUUUCGACUGAAAUGCUUAGGAGAUGAGGAUAGAGAAGAAUGUGUAAAUUGUGUACUAUUUUUGUCUCUCUCUCUCUCUGAAGCCCUACACAAAGUAAAUAUGAUGUUGUUGGCAAUUUCUUUUACUGCUUCAUGGCCUCAAUAUUUCUACCUGUUGGUUUGCCCAGGGUGUUGCAACAAUAAUGUGUUCUAUGUGAGUGUGUGUGAAAGAGAAAGGAUUUAACUAUGUAUGACACAUUCCGGAACAUAAUAGCGUUCAUUUCUAUACACCAAAAAUAAUAAUCACUAAACCAAAUAAUUUAAUCUCAGGUUCUUUUACUUACAAAGAAAUUCAAGAAAACAUAGAUGGUUUAAUAUUAAUAUACUUACAUUUCCCUGCAGUUUCUUAUUUGAUGCUCAAACACCAUGAUAUACUCCAGGCAUAGCAACACCUUGCAGAGAGUUGUACAUCAUGUGAACGGGUGGGCAUGUGCUCAACUGCUCCAUCACUGUUUGAACAGACAAGUCAUCCCAUUUUAUUUGUGGCAGCUAGAAAAUAUCCCAUGGGAAGAGAAAUUGAGCCAAAAUUCUUUUUAUACAUAAAUGAUGUUUUUCUCUAAAUCACAAGAUAUGUACAUUUUGUAGAUAAUUAUAAAUUAUCUUGUCUUUUGUUUUUUGCCUGUGUAUAAAUUUUGCCAUAUUCAACAGAAAAAGAAAUCCUUUCUAGUUUCUAAACCUCUUAAUAUGUACUUGGUUCCUAAUUUAUUGUAAUUUUUAGAAGAUAAUAUCUUUGCUAAAUUUGUUUGUUUUUUUAUUGUGCGUGGUGUACAUAAAUGUGGUGGCCUCUCUGGCAGCUAUUUCCAUCUGGUGGUGAUUUGUGGAAGUUUCAUUCCAGCUUUCUUGCUUGUUUUGCUUGCUACUCACACUUGGCCAGAGUUAUGUUUUAUUCCAUUUCCUUCCUGACACACACUGUUUAAUUAAAUACCAAAGAUUGAAAGUAGGAAACAAAAGAGGUCACCUUUUUAUAUGUUAUAUAUAGUUUCAUACCAAAGCAACAGUCAGAUCAGUCUGCUCAGAAAUGCUUCCCAAAAGUUUUCUGUGCAUCUAAGAAAACUGGUGAGGUACAUUCUAUUAUCUGUACCAGAAUGAUAGAAGCAUUCUCCCAAACCAAUAAGGGAAAGAUUCAAGAAAUAAAGCGUCAUCUAUGGUAUUAUGUAUAUUUAAAACUUACUUGUAAUGUGUUUCUCACAAGUCACACAUGCCCAUAUUAGAAUGUAGCUCAAAAAAUUAAAUAAUGGGAAGGAAAAUCAUAGGUAGAUACAGAGCAGUUUUCCAGAGUAAUGUUCCUAGAUUACAGUUAUGUCACACUCCAGCAAUACAGGUUGUUUUAAUACGUGUACCAUGGCUGCAGGGAAUCGUCUCAACCUUGUGUGCAGGCUUUGGUACAUUACAGCAGGCCACCAACUAAUUAAUGCGUAUAUUCUUGGAAAAUCAAAAUAACAUAAAAAGCCUCACACCAAAGCCAUUGAAGGUACAAUAUUUUUGUAAUUUUAUAUUAUUUGAAGGCCUGUGUACAGUGUUACAAGAUGGUUACCAGGUGGUAUUCUUGUGUUUGUAGAGUUAUUUAGUCGAGGUCUUAGCGGUAUCCAAGCUCUACAACGAUCGAAAUAUGAUUAGAUAUCUUUUAGUGCGAGGAUAUUUUGUCUCUUCAUUCUCGUAUUCAUUUUUACAAUGAUGUCUAUGCACAAGCACAUAACUGAAAUUUUUUUCUUGCUGCCAGAUGUCAUUCACGGAUCACAAGCUAGUCAGUCGUGAGAGGUUCCACAGUUACACGUGAAUUACAGCAAGGGCUGUAAUCACCACUGGAAUCACCACUAACUGUCGUGAUAAUAUGUUAUAUUAUGUAUAAUUAUUUUCCCACAAUUUGUAAAAUGCUUUAAUAUUUAAUUUAAAAUUUAUUUAAUAACUAAUUACCAUGAAGUAGAACUGUUGUAAAUAGAGUUUUUCCUCUGUUUUGUUCAGGUAUAGAAUUUUUAAAGAGUCAGUGUGUUAUCCUAUUUAAUAUGCGUUUCAGAAUAUUUUGUUUCUUUGGUAUCAUUAUAAUAAUACAAAGUUUGUUAACUGAUACUGUACCAACUCAAUUUUACAGACUCAUUUUUUUAAUAAUAGGGAAGUGUUUACUGGACCAUUUCCAAAUCAUUUAAUACCAAGUCUUUCACAGACUCUGUGUGUAUUUCACAUUAUCAUUAUAUUAAUUUCUUAGAUAAGUUUUGCAUUCUUCUAUAUAUUUUGGGAAAAGAAAGAAUGGGCGAUGAACAGAUGUGUAUUAGAAAGAGAUUGUAAUAUUUUACCUUUAGUUACAAUUGCAGUGUGAAAUCUGGCACAAAUAAAGCACCGUAUGAUUUCUGCAGCCAUGGUUAACGGUUAAGUGUUUAUUUAAGCAACAUUUCACUCAACCAAUCAUUCACAAGUUGAACACAUGAAUGGUUCAACAUAGCAAAUGUUUUCAGUAUUCAUUUAAACUUUCACAACUAUUUAUUUGUGGAAGUGUUAGCUACAGUGAUCAGAAAUCAGGGUAACAAACACAGCACUUGGCUCGAGACAUUUGAAUCACCAAAAAUGAGAAUAAUCCAUUUAGCAUUGGUGUUGUUUUCAAAUAAGUGCUGUUGUAUUCCUUUCUGUAAUGCAGCUGUUAAUUUAUGUGUAUUGAUCAACAGUGAUGCAUUCUAUGUGGUUAUAACAUAAAUGUCAUGUACAUACAAUUCUGUGUUCUGGGAAAUAGUAUUUCCUUCAGUUUUUCCCAUAGCCGGGUACAAUAAGUUGCAUAUGACCAUAUAGGAUAUAAUACUGUGUAAGCAGUAAAGGGGUUAAAUUGGACUGAUUGUGGUUGUAAUACUAGCAUUAGUAAAUGAUAUGACAUGUUUCAAAAAAAUGAAAUUUAUGUUGAAACCAAUAGACUUCAUCUGUUGCAACAAUGGUCUUUUCUGUUUUGAAAUAUUGGAUUAGAAACACAUUUUUGUACCGAAGAAAUUUUUUUUUGUGUAGUAUUUGUUGCAAGAUUGGGUGCAUGAUCAUCUUUGACCAUUACAAGUUCCAAACCUGUACUACUACUUCAUCCCAUCUUAUGCAACCACCAGCACACCCUGAAAUGACUAGGUCUGCCAUUACAAAACCUUUCUAAUACAAUUAAAAUCUAGACAAAGUUUAAACAAAGAACUAAUUUUGAACAACAAAAGUAUAAGUAAGAGUAACUUAGAAUGGCACACUUGUUAUCCAUUUCCAUUAUUUUAAUGGUGAGUUGAUGUCUUAAGAAUGAAGUAAAAAAGAAUUUUUUGUUCAAAAAUAAUAAAAUAGAAACCACUCA